AUGAGCUCCGUGCGUUGCAUUCCCCCGCCGCUCUUCCCUCCUUCCCGGCCCUCACCUCCGCUUCUUCCCCCUUCCCCCGCAUCUCCUGUCCCCGUCCCCCACUUCCCUGUCCCCUUCCCCCGCAUCCCCUGCCCCCUUCCCUCGCAUCCGUCGCCCCCUUCCCCGCAUCCCCUGCCCCUUUCCCCCGCAUCCCCUGCCCCCUUCCCCCGCAUCCCCUGCCCCUUUCCCCCGCAUCCCCUGCCCCAUUCCCCCGCUUCCCUUAGCCCCCCUCCCCCGCUUCCCCUACCCCCUUCCCCCGCUUCCCCUGCCCCCUUCCCCCGCACCCCCUUCCCUAUUCUGCUGAAGGCACACGAUCUGAUGUACCUGAAUUGCCGUUUCAAGUACUUGUUUGACUUCCACGAAGCGUUCAAUGAGUCUCAACAAGCGCGCACAGACUUUCAACUCACCUUGUACCCUAUCCACUCGCUCUUGUCGGCAGGGAAACGACGCAAGGUGCUUAACGAUGCGAGAACGGUGCAGAAAUACCGGAAGAUGAUUGGGCGGGAGAAGAAGGCGUCAGGGCCCGACCAGACGAACGGAUUGGUGGGGGGUUAUGGGAGGACGGAAGAGGAGGGAGAAGAGGGGGAAGGGGAAGAGGAGGAAGUGGAGGAGGAAGAGGAAGUAGAGGGGGAGGAUGGGGAAGAGGAGAAAGAGGAAGAGGAGGAAGAGGAAGCGGGUCAGGAUGACGUUUCUAGUGAUGAAGAGGAGGAGGGGGGAGCAGGGCUAGAGGACCAAGAUAUUGGUGGCCUGGGAACGCGAAAGAAUGGGGAGGAGGGCGCACAGGAGUGGGAGAGGGGCGGUGUGAGCAAGGGAAGAGGACGAAGCCGGGGACCGGGAGGCGGGAGAGGAGGGGUAGUGGGUGGAAAUGUGAGGGGUGCUGAGGGUGGGAGAGGAGAAGGAGAGGGUGUGAGGCAGAGGCCGUUAAAUCAGUUGGAAAGGAUAUGGAAGAAGCGAGAGGAGGAGGCUGCAAGGCAGGCGGCAGCGAGGGAAGCGAAGAGGAGAGAGGUGGAAGAGGGGAGGAGGAAGAGGGAGGAGGUGGAGAGGCGGAGGAGGGAGUUGAGAGGGCAGAUGAGGAAGAGGACGAAGAGCGGGCAGGUGGUGAUGAAAGUGAGGAUGGAGCAUCUGCUGGAGUCGAUCCAACGCAGUCAGGGGAAAUAG